UGCGUUGGUUACAUGGCAUCUUCCUGCUCCUCGUGCACCUUCCAAUCUGCGUCCCAGACCUUACCGUCGCCAUCGCCGCCGCCGCCGCCCGUGAUACAUGCCGAAGGUGGCUCCUCGAACCAGACCCCAUCGAGCACUUUCUCCCCGUCCCCGAGAGUGAAGAGCUGCGACGUGUACAUCGGUUUCGCCGGCCGCCGACCCCUCCUCCGCCGCUUCGUGAAAUGGCUCCAGGCAGAGUUAGAGACACAAGGCGUCCGCUGCUUCGCCUCCGACCGGCGCGGGUGCCGCGACGCCCUCGCGCACGGCGUCGCCCGGGCUGCCAUGGAGGCUGCUGCCGUUGGCCUCAUCAUUGUCACGGAGAAGUCGCUCUCGAAUCCCUACAGUGUGGAGGAGAUGCGGUGGUUUCUGGAGUGCAAAAGGUUGAUUCCUAUAUUUUUUGAACUUAUUCAACAAGACUGCUUUGCGAGAGACAUAAUUGAAAGGAGAGGCGAAGUUUGGGAGAAACACGGAGGUCAGCUAUGGACUCCUUACGGUGGCAUCGAGGAAGAGUGGAGGGCUGUGGUGAAUGGAAUUUCAAGGUCUCCGGUGAAGCUAGAAGUGAAUUCAAGCAACUUCAGGGACAUAAUUUUCGAUAUUGUCUCCUUGCUCGGAGUUGUAUUGGGCAGGAGAAGCAUUGUGGAGAAGGUACAGAGGUGGAGGGAGAUGGCCGGCAAAAAUCUCCCUUUUCCACGAAAUCCUAAUUUCGUUGGUAGAAAAGCCGAGCUCACUAAACUCAAAAUGAUCUUGUUCGGAGACAUAGAGUCAAAUCUAGAACGAUGCAUUGAGAUCGAGACACCAGAAACUUGCAAGAAGCACACAAAUUUGACAUCCAAAAGCAGUAAUAGAAUAGUGAAAGGUAGCAAAGGUAAGAAUCCGUUGUGGAAAGAAUCCGAUGAGGAGCUAGAGAUGCAUGACAAUUGGCCUGGGAGAUAUAGAAGCCGACCGUCAUCAUUCAGUAAAGGUGUUGCUUGUGUUCAUGGCCCAACGGGCAUUGGAAAAACAGAGCUCUUGCUUGAGUUUGCAUACCAGAUCUCUCAAAGCUACAAGAUGGUGUUAUGGGUUGGCGGUGAGUCGAAAUAUCUUCGACAAAACUACUUGAAUUUGUUGCCAUUGUUGGGUGUUGAUGUUGUCAUGGGAAUGGAGACUUGUUCACAGAGGAAUGGACCAAGAAGCUUUGAGGAGAUGGAGGAAGAUGCAAUCGCAAAGGUGCAAAAGGAGCUUAUGAGGGGCAUCCCUUUCCUUUUAGUGAUCGAUAACUUGGAGAGCGAGAAGGAUUGGUGGGAUGGAAGAAACAUAAUCAAAUUCUUACCUCGCUUUGGCAGCGACACUCACAUUCUCAUCUCUUCUUGUCUUCCUCAAGUAUUCAACCUCAAGCCCUUGAAUCUUUCUUACUUAUCUUCUGCAGAGGCAAUGAUGCUAAUGAAGGGAAAGAAUACUAAGCUCACUAUAGAAGAUGUCAAUGCUUUGAGGAUCAUCGAAGAGAAUCUCGGUCGAAAUCCGCUUGGCCUAUCGAUUGUUAGGGCACUCUUGUCGGAGCUGUCAAUGGAUCCACGUGCGCUUCUAGUUUCGAUAACUCAGAUGCCAUAUCGAGAACGAGUAUGGAACAAGAAGGAAGAUUUGGUAUUGAAACAUAACCCUGUUCUAGUCCAGCUUCUUGAUUUAUGCUUCAACAUAUUGGAUGAUGUAAAUAAGCCAAGUAGAUUAGCCACAAGGAUGGUUGAGAUGAGCAACUGGUUUGCACCUUCCAUGAUUCCGAUCUCUAUGUUGCGAAUUGCUGCAUCAACAUUGCCUGUGAAGCAUAGACACAUGAAUUUCUGGAAUAUAUGUCGUCGGGCUAUUCCUUGCACGGCGGUCGGAGAAUCAGAUGUUAGCAUGUUAGAAGAUGAAGCUGCAACUGAUCUAUUACGGCUUUCGAUAGCGAGAAGUACCACGAAGAAGGGUUAUAUUUGUUUCCACAAGAUCGUUAAACUCUACGCCCGCAAAGGAAGCAAUGAUACAAAUGCUGUUAUGAUCAUAAAAGCAAUUGAGGAUGAAGGCAAUCUGCUUCAACAUGCUAACCAUAUAUGGGCAGCUUGCUUCUUGCUAUUCAGAUUUGGUGUGGAUCGUGGUGCUGUCGAUCUUCCACCACGUCGUCUCUUGUGCUUCAUUAGAUCUUUUGCGUUGCCCUUAGCAUUAUUCACUUUCAAAGUGUUGUCUCAUUGUAAUGCUUCCCUAGAGCUUCUUCGCGCAGCAACUGAAGCAUUAGAAGCUAUAGAAGAUUCUUUUGUGACUGCAGUUUCAAAUGUUCAAAAAAGAAAUAUGUGCUUUCAUAUCCUUGGCUUUCAAACGUCAACCGACCCAGACUCAAUUCUUUAUCGCAAUAUUGUCGAUAUGAGAACAAUUUUGUUGGAAACAAGAGCAAAGUUUAUGCUACAAGGGGGAUGUUAUGAAAUCGGAGAGGAACUUUAUAGGACUACUCUCAGCAUUAGGGAGGUCAUUCAUGGCCAUGAACACCCUCAAACAUAGGUAAUAACUUCAGCUGAGUUUCAUCCAGCAUGCUGCAAUCUCUUAGCUUACAGCAGGUCAAGAGGUUUCAUACGACUAGUAGAUAUGAGACAAUCAGCACUAUGUGAUCAGAAUGCAAAACUGUUUAGGCGCUAUCACACUUUUCCAUAACAUGUUUUCUACUGCAAUUUUCAAGAUCGUGAAACUUUUGGGUCUAAGUCCUUCACUGAGAUUGCUGCUUCUACGUCAGACAUAAAGUUUGCUAAAGAUGGGCGACAUAUUUUAAGUUGGGACUACAUGAAUCUAAAGGUUUUCUGGUUGUCUUUUUCUUUUGUACUUUGAAUAUUGGUUGAGGCAUUAUGUUAAUUGUUUUCAAUGUCUCUAUACUAUUUGAACUUUACCUAUUAUUUGAAACCGGGUUCUAUUCUUUUUGAGGAAAAUCAUCUCAUAUUGAAAUUGCCCUAUGUUUUGAAUUGGAACUGAAGCGUAAGCUUUAGAUAGUUAUUACCAUUAU